AUGGCUCUUAAGAAAGGAACAAAACAUGCCGCUACCCAAACGGCGGCCCUCAAACAAAUCCUCAAAAAGUGUUCAAGUUUUGGAAGGAAGAAUACGGGUCAUGAUCAUCACGACAAUAGCCUUCCACAUGAUGUCCCAAAAGGCCAUUUUGCAGUAUAUGUUGGCCAAAAUAGGACCAGAUACAUCAUCCCCAUUUCUUGGCUGGAACACCCGGAAUUCCAGAGCUUGUUACAACGAGCUGAAGAAGAGUUUGGCUUCAACCAUGAGAUGGGCCUCACCAUUCCUUGCGAUGAAGAAGUUUUUUGCUCUCUAUUUUCCAUGAUCAGAUAA